AUGAACCGCGAAACAGUUCAAGUUCUGGAAGAGAACAUCUAUUUUGACAUGGAACUUAAAAACGAAACUGGUGCAAGAGUUUACGAAAAUAUUGCAAGUGGUACCCGCACGGUGCCUGAAGUCAAACAAACCGCUUUUGAGAAUGAAAAGGCCAAAAGGAAAGAAGGAUCAACACAAAGCAGGAAACACCCACAGUCAGAUGCAGAUGUGGUGCGGCGACUGUUGUGUAUUAUCAUCGCUGUUGUUGCAGUUUUCUUUUUGAUAGCUGCUUGCACUUUGAUUUUAGCCGUGUUGGUGCUGAUGUUUCACCGGGGUGGUACUGCUUCAGCAGAUUUCUCUUCAGUGCAAGGUAAGAGAGCUUUCUUCCAGUUUCUUCCGGAUAGGCGUUAAUUACAUGCGGGGGUUUAAGAUGGACUGCAAUAGCAGCAUAUGGUGAGGGUUAUCAAAAGCGCAAGAAAGAAUCAAGUUUUUGCACAUCAAAGGUAUAAUACCUAUUUGGCACACGCUGUACUAAGGUUAAGGUGCCUUUGCACAACUCUUGGCAAUUAUUUGACGACUUUAUUCUGUCACUGAUACUAAACUAAUUUGUAUCACCUUUGACGAAAAGCAUAGACGGCCCAAGUUUUGUCACCUGAGACGGGCAUAUGGUAAAGACAUAAGCACCAUGAGUGAAAAAGGCGAUAUUUCAUGCAGUUCGGACCUAACAUUGACCAAUCGCAGAACGAGAAAUCGCUAAUGAUAUGUCUCACCGAUAUACAUCGGAAUGGAGACUACAAGGACCGUCUGAAUUUUCAGAUCUCAUUAAUGGUAGUCUAAUUAUCUGUUCGUCUUAAUGAUGCCGCUUCAUUUUCAGCAAAUUAAACAAAUGUGUUUUAAUACAGAACAAUAUUCGUAUUUUAAAAAAAUAAUAAUGAAAGACCGAAUGCUUGAAAUCCUCAACCUGUCAUCACUUAAACUAAGACAAAAAAAGGCUUGAAACAGUAGCUUAAUUAAAAACCCUGUUUUAUAAAGCCAGGGCUAAAAGCGAAGCUCUGGUUAAUAAUACUCAUAAACAAAAGAAAUUAAAUCGUGUAAUGCUAAACGGGGACGACAAUGAAAAUGGCUUCAAGACUAAUAGAUCUAAUUAGAAAAAAAACAAAUCGCACGUGCAGCACACUUUUUGUUCUAAUUACCAAAAAACAAAUUUGCACGUGCAGCACGCUUUUUUGUCUUUCCCUUGCCGUUGUUUUGCACGACUGCAACGCUGUUUUGUACGACUAAAACGUCAAACUUCCUAGUAGCCGGCAAAAACAUCCGUCCACAGCAGGGCGGAUAAAGGUUGGGCGGUGAAACGAGCGCGUCCGAGCAAAAAGGUGUGAUGCAGUGGACUGGGACUCUGCUUAGAAAUGUCGCUUGUUUUCGACUUCGGUCAGGGUUUGCGAUGUGGUUUGUACAUUAGACACUGCCGCUGUCACUGAAUUAUCGCAGCUUGAUUUGUUUUCUUGCACUUUUUCCUCGUUCCUUUGUGCUGGUACGCUGUCUCCGAGAGGCAAAUGUUGCUUUUUUUGCGGGAGGUUUAGUUGGAGUAGACAAACAUCUCUUUCAAAGGGUUUCUUUUAUUACUUCCAUAACUCUACCACUGAAUUAUAUUUUCGUUCUGCUACUCACCAAUGUCGAUGUUAUUCCAAAACAAAAACAACUAAUUACUGUCUAAAACACGAAGGAAAAUCUCAUCCAUGUCAUUCAUGGCAAAACUAAAAGACAGCAGUAGAUGACGUGUAUUUUAUAAAUGCGUGCAGCUCGUGCAAGGUGAAAUUAUGGUAAUUUCAAUCACCUUCAUCCUUCUUUUUAAUUUUGAACAAAACAUCUCAUACGUCUUUCUGUUUCUUCGAAACUUCAAAAUAAGUUUUUCCUCAGUUUUUACUGUUUACCUUGUUUUGUUGUAGAGAGAAAAAAGGAGAAAAAACCUUGCAACUAACCUCAAUAAAUUUUGUUUACAUGCGGUUGCCGGAUUUGCAACGCAUUGUGCGAAUCGCCAUGGCGCGUUGCACCCGAGAAGCAAAGUUUGAAGAAGUACAACGCCACUAUAUCAAUAUAUAUCAAUCUAAUUUUUUGUUAUGUUAUAUGAAAUUUAUCCCCCUUUAACAUAUGUAAAAAUUGAGGUUAAGAAGUGUUAAGCUUUUGAAAACGAAACGGUGAAAGAUGAUUAGGUGAUAUUUAGUGGAAGGGGGAGGUAUUCAACACUUUCAAAUAAAACUCAAAUUUUGGCAUUAUACGACCAACAAGUUUGACUUUUAGACGUACAGACACAAACAUAUGAAACUGUUUAUUGAUAUUGUUAUGAAACAAAUUUAUCUAUUUAACAUUGUAGCCUGAAAUUACAGAAAGAAAACAGGAUUUCCGGUUUGCAAAAAGGAAAAUUUCGCCGGCCUUCAAGCGCACCGGAAGCGCGGAAAGAGCGCUCGUGCCAGUCCUACUCCGCAUCACACAUUAAAUGAAGAGCGGAGCGCUCGUUUCACCGCCCAACCUUUAUCCGCCCUGGUCCACAGCGGCGAAGAGCGAGGAGAAACGGAUGUUUUCGCAGGCUAACUUCCUAGUUACACAUUAAUUUUAUGGAGGAAUUGUCGUAUGUGCUUAUCCAAUAUUUUGUUUCCUGUGUUCAUGUUUAUCCACAUUAGAGUAAACAUAAGAAAUAACGCCGAAAAAGACACGACUUUGUUGUUGUUUUUUCUAUCUAAAAGUCCAGGCAGCCCUGUGAUUUCCUUCCAAACAAAACCUUGAGUUGCAUUUGGGUUGCCAUACCUGUUGAUUGAGUUAUUUUACAUUGGUAUGCCUGUGGUGCGGACGGACGAUCAAUGUACGAUCACGUGAUUACCAAAUUUUCUGGGAUAUCCAAACCAUGAUUAAACCUCAUUGUCGAGUGAAUAAAGAUUUCAUUUCGGGACGGGUAAUGCAGGGCUCGUGCACUGACAUGGCAUUAAGGGAGUUGUAGUUUUUCCACAUCAUAAUGCUAACGUUAAAUUUACUAAAUUCUUUGCACUAUUUUGUCACCGAGACGAAGAAAGGCCGACGCCAUCUGUGAAAUUAACUGAUUUUGCCCGGGUAACGGCAACGUAAGGAGCGGGAAUCGUUUGUUUGUACAUGAAAAUGUCCUCACGCAAUGCUUUCACGACCUUGUUCGGGGGUUAAACUGUGUAUACCAGUAACCUUCGCAACAUUUGUAUUAAACAGUCUGAAAGACCCAUUAGUACGUGCUGCCUCGUCUCCAGUCGCUCGCGUCCCCGCGUGUUCCCCAAUCCCCACUUAGCCUUGGGAAGGCGUGUGGAGUUGGCAGUAGUGCGUGUGUUGUCUUGGCUCUUUGAACAUAACUUAAAACUUGCGAUGUACCUUUAAGACAGAGAGUGAUGAAACGUCUUUUCAAGUCGCAUUGAACGUUAUUGUAAUUAUUAUUUGAUUGCCUUAAUGAUGCCGCACUUAACUAUAAAAAAAAAUUGAAAAAAUGUUUGCUAUUAUAUGAAAUUGGUCUGUAUUAAAUGAUAAAGAACCACAGUAAAUAGGCUCAAAUGAUAGCCUGAGGCAAAAGGUCAACACAACGUUUACUUUAUGACUUUAUUAUUUUACUCAUUUAUUUUUACAAGCCCUAGUACAGAGACCAAGUGCUUGAAUUACAGAAAACAACUGAAAAAUAAGCUUCAAAAAUAAAUAGGUUCGAAACAGAACUUGUGCAUAUUUACACAAAAAGAGGAACGUCAAGACCACUCUUACAUUACUUCGUGUAUUAAUCAAUUUAUGUCAAAGAGUUUAAUUUGUUUAAGCUGUCCAAAAUGUAUACUGUACUUCUUUGUUUAAGAUGAUUAGUCAAGCACGAUAAAGGCUCAAUCCUAUUCAGCUGUCGGCAACUUAAAAUAUAUACAAACGAAUUAGCUUAAGAAAGCACUAAAUUUAUUAAUCAUAUGUCAAUGAUAAAACGGUGUUAAAAUCGGAUUAAAAUCGCACUACACUUGAAUAGACGACAAUUGUUCCUUUAGACCGAUCUAAAGAAGACUGGUGAAUACAGAUGCAAUAUCCUGAUUCCCUAAAUCUGAAUUUAUGCCGGCUUUCGACCGGCGGUUAGCGUCGCGUUCGCCGACUAGGUUACAGACCAAUGUACAGUAUUCUGACUUUAAAGUUGAAACACAGUAAACUUAGCAAUGCUUAUGCAGUACAUGUCAUAUUUGCAAAGUGACCAGUUUCAUCAGUUUAUGGGCCCAUUAGGGUCUUGUCCAUACUAACGCGUUAUCGAUAGCCUCCGUUCUCGUUCACGCUAAAACCAUCACGCUCUCAGCAAAAACGAAAGUGCAGGAAAACAAAAUCUCUUAGGACCUCGUCCUAAAGGUUUUGUCUGCCAAUGUUACAACUUUGGCAGUUGACAAGUCAGUUACUGAAGGAAAAUUGAACAUGAAAGGUCGCCCCCUGUAAGGAAAUUUGGAUUCCAGAAUCCAGGAAUUAAUUGAUUGUGGAAUCCCGGAUCCUGGGCUGUGGAAUCCGGAAUACCGCUAAGGAUUGGAAUCAGGAAACCAGGUUCCACAAACAAACAACCUGGAAUCCGGAAUCCACCACGUGAAAUCCAGAAUCCAAGGGUGCGUUCCUUUGGGAUGAUCCGGAUCAGGAUCUGUGAUCCGCUAUCACUCGGAUAAUGGUAGAUCAAAUGAACCGACGAAUCCUUGUCCAGAGUGGAUUCAUCGGUUAUUUUGAUCUACCAUUAUCCGAUUGAUCUCGGAUCACUGAUCCUGAUCCGGAUCAUCUCAAAGGAACGCACCCCAAGACUCUUGGAUUCUAUUACAUGGGGUGGGAAAGGGGACAAUUCUAGGAUGCGCGUAUCAAUUUAUAACUACUGUAAGAAGAUGAUGGAGAUAUCAUCCUCGUGUUACCACUGUGUUGCCAUUUUCGAUGUUUCCAUUCGUUUCCAAAUUUUAACCUCUCGCUCGUGUAAAUUAUUUUGACUCGCUUAUUCUGAUUAAUAAGAAAAUUGUUUUCUUUGUUUUUCUUGUGUUUCAAUGGAAGUAACAAAACUGGUAGCGGAAACGGAAGAAAUGAAGAAAAAUCUUUCUCGCAUUGCCAGUGAUUUAAAGGUAGGUACGGUUGUUUUGCCUGCGUAUGAACUAACAGUGUUUGCGUCAAACAAAACAAUUUAGAAGAUUGCCUUUCACAUCUAGUCUUUCACACGUAACAUAUAUUUUUCUCUCCAAGGACAAAAUAGGAGCACUAUCGCAAGAGAUACAAACAACCGGACAAGAUGUUAAACAACUCAGAGUGACUCAAAAGGUAAUUUCAUGGUGCAUCAGAAAUUGCGUCAGUGCCUUUGAUUCAUUCAUUAAACCUUUGUGGCGUUUUCAGCUCCACAAGUCCAAACAGCUCAGCUGAAACCCUCCACGACGGCCCGAAAUAGAACAGAAGAUAGUGGCCGUUGCUGAGUGAUGACCGUUGAUAGAUGUUCGACUGAAAUGAGCAGAUAAAUAAUAUUAAUAAAUAUUAAAUAAAUGAUGAUGAUGAUAUUAAUAUUAAAGAUACUAAUAAUCGACAUAGCAUUCCCUGAGGACAUCCGUGUAAGAAGAAUGAGAUUUUAGAAGAAAAGUUGCUCAAAAGGUAAAUUCAGCAUUUCUAAAGUCGUAAGCAAAUGAGUGACAGAAAACUGUUCUUGAGGCCCGAGACCAGAGGUGUUAGCUUGCCUUCAACAGAGUCAUAGUUAGAGAACUUUGGACCGCCAUUUAUUUACUUACAUCAUAAAAGAAACGUAAGUCAUUAGCCAUUAUAUCUCAAACGGUGAUAAAACAUAACGUGUUUUCUCCCACUAGCUCAAUAAAACAGCACUUUGGCAGGCAAUACAUACAAACAGAGAGGAAGUGAACCAUCUAAUUGAAAAGGUAACUCCAAUUUAAACAGAAAUUAACGAAACGUUAAUAAGAGACUCAGCGCAGUAGAGAUUUCCAUCAGCCACGAUCAUAAUCACGUUCUUGUUGCCCAAAAAUAAAACCAAAAAAAACAACGAUAUUUAGAGAGAGUGUUCGAAGACCUGAUAAACCCUUCGCUCUUCAAGUGUUCCCAGCAAACCGCAAGAAACUCUCCAUAUCGAAUUGGAAUAUGGAAAGAGGGAAAACCGGAGUACCCCCAAUGGAAAACCUCUCUUAGCAGGUAAGACGACGAGCAUCAAACUCAAACACCAUAUGGCGUCGACGUCGGGAACCAGAUCCAGGCCAUAUUAGCGGGAGGAAAGUGCUCUCACCACCAUGCCCUUAUAACUUUCCAAGGCAGUAAAUAUACGUAGACUAAUUUAGUAGUCUUUUCUGAUGACAUACUUCUUUUCUUUCUCUAGUUGAUGAACAUCAGUCAAAUUGAAGGUCCGAGGGGGCCCAUGGGGCCUGCCGGAUCCCCGGGAUAUAAUGGUACCCGGGGCCCUCCUGGUGUUGCCGGGCAACCAGGAUCCCCUAGCCCGCCUGGUUCUGGCAAUCUGUCUCAAUGUUCUUACAAGCAAUUCGAAAGUUCUCCUUUCACAGCGGGCAUUCAAGCUCAAAUAAAUGUCAAGGCAACUGAGAAAAAGGUAGGGCAUUAAUAGCAGAAGACAUCGAGAAGAUUAUCAUAACGUAAUCUUUAAGCAACAAAGCUAAACUUUCCACUUAAAAAAAAAUCCGUCCUGCGCGAAAUGAACCAGCAUAAGACAUUGAGGAUGAGAUCAAAGUCUAAAAAAUUACAAAAAAGCUCAAACGGCUUGUAAUUUUCAAGCUCCUCUUUGGUUUUAAAUACUUAAAAUUGGCAACCAGUAAACCCAAUAUGAGUCAUUUGAGUUUGAUGACCAAUGUAACGCUCACCAAGGUACUACGCAACCAUAAACCAUGAACAACAUCCGCAUGCGCAACGGUAGUAAUGCACUGACCACUAGUUGCUGUUGUUAAGGCAAAAGUUUCUAAUUAUCAACAAGUUCCUGUGAAUGGGUACGUUGACUCGGGCUUGGUUCAGACGCCGUAUUUUUCAUGUGCCGAGGCUAAUUGAAUAAGUUCGACUUUGGAGCGACACUGGCGCGACAUCUGACUCAGACGGCGCACCGUGUGUCGAGCCCAAGUUAAAUUCGACAAAAGUUCGACAGACUCUGUAGGACUUAACGUUUUCGCCGCACCGAACUAAAACUGCCGUACCAAAUUUGAUUCAGACGCCGCUCUUUUGCCGUACUAAAUUCAUCAGUUGGGUUCGGCACAUGAGUAGAGGGGCGUCUGAACCGGGCCUCAGAACCUUAGUAAACCACGAACGCUCAGGUGCCCAUCAUUUUUACCAACUAGUUUAAAGAUGUCAAAAGAAGCAAUGCUCAUAUAUCGUUUAGGAACCUAACAUUCAGUAACUUCCACCAUUUCAAUUCAUUAGUUACUGUUCUUUGCAGGGUCAGAAAUUCCUUGGUGUGAAUUGUGGAACAAAUGAUGCAUCCGUUGUGGAGCUCACAAGCAAAGUCACGUCGGAUGGCUUUAGAGAAUACCGGUGCAAUUGUAAAAACACUGUUAAAAGUGGAGCCCAGAACAUGUAUUGUUACAUUCACUACUGGGAAUGUCUAGUGUAA